ACCAUGUGGUUCCUGAUCCUGUUCCUUGCCCUGACCCUAGGAGGGAUUGAUGCUGAGCUUCCUGUCCAGAAUCUGAUUAUUGGAGGAUUUAACUGUGAGAUGAACUCCCAACCCUGGCAUGUGGCUGUGUACUACUUCAGGACCUAUAUAUGCGGUGGUGUCCUAUUGGACCCCAACUGGGUUCUCACAGCUGCUCACUGCUAUACCACCUACUACCAGGUUUGGUUGGGCAAAAACAACCUAAAAGAGUAUGAACCCUCUGCUCAGUUCCGGGAGGUCAGCAAAGCCAUCCCUCACCCUGGCUUCAACUUUAGUAACAUGAUGGACCAAACCACACAAACUAAAAAGGACUACAGCAAUGACCUGAUGCUGCUCCGCCUCAGCGAGCCUGCUGAAAUCACAGAUGUUGUGAAGCCCAUAGACCUCCCCACUGAGGAGCCCACUGUGGGGAGCAGAUGCCUUGCCUCAGGCUGGGGCAGCAUUACACCCAAAGAGGAGUGUGAGUCUGAUGAUCUCCAGUGCGUGUACCUCAAGCUCAUGCCCAAUGAGAUCUGUGCCAAAGGACUCAAUGGGAAGGUGACAGACACCAUGCUGUGUGCAGGAGAGAUGGAUGGAAGCAAAGACACUUGCGGGGGUGACUCAGGAGGUCCACUGAUCUGUGAUGGUGUUCUCCAAGGGAUCACAUCAUUUGGGCCGAGCCCAUGUGCUAAACCCACUGUCCCAGCAAUAUACACCAAACUUAUUAUUUACAAAUCCUGGAUAAAAGACACUAUGGCGAAUAACCCCUGAGUGUGACAUUGUCCCAUGUUCUCAAUAAAACCCACCGUGUAGCAUA